AUGGCUGCAGCUUCUCCUCCCCUAUCUCCAACCUCUACACACGCCCCGAAGUGGCGUGCCCGUUCAUCCCGUACUAACAACACUUACACACGCGACCAGCUCGAACAGCACUUUGGCAACCCCAACGAGGAUACCCUGACUGGCAGCAUCGACGACCCGCAACGUAUAUCUCGCAUUCUCAUAUCUGACACCCAGCAACCCUCAUUCCCACCAGAGAUCUUCAUAAAAUCCAACCUGCACCUCGUCUUCGGCACAUCUCUCAAGACCCUACAAGCUGUUCCCAUUCCGCUCUUCCGCCAAGUUCAAUGGGACCCCACUCUUCCGAGCACCCCUGGCGGAACUCAAAAAGCCAUCUGGGAGUUUGCAGGCUGGUACUCAAUCGAGAAUGCCCAGCGUAUUGAGCGCCGUAGUCCAGAGCUCUUCACAAGACUCGAAGCUAAAUGGGAAGCUAAGGGCUGGCAAGGCCAACGCACUCAGGAGGAGUGGAACCACAGCUUUGAUACCGACUGGGCGCUCAUCACCUUACGCCAUGUUACGGACCGAGGAUGCCCGCUCGAACAGCCGAGUCCUCCUACAAAAUUAUUAGCUGAUGAAGAUAAUGGCGGCGGUGUUGGCAUCCCCCCUGGCGGAUUUGGGAGAAGAGCAUUCUCAAUUGAUGAUGGCGCUCCGGAAGACUACUUCCCCGGGCCGCCGCCUCCAACGAGAAGGACUACGAAUGCGGGGUUGGCAACCUCGAUGGGCUCGCAGGUCGAGGGGUACUUUAUGCCCCCACCACCUCCACCACCGACGAGGGUUGCGACGACUUUGGGCACUAAUGGGAGCAAUGCGACUACGAAUACGGGCGGUGAGGGGUCCGGACUAGAUUGUAAGCUCAUGGACGAGUCGAUUAUCAACAUUUCCAAACAGUCUGAGGAGGACAUGAGCGAUUCCGAGUAUGGGAAUGUAACAAGGUCCGAGAUUGAGGACUGUGAUCGUUGGAGUGAGCUGAGCACUGGCCCCGUUGAUAGGCAGUGGACGGUAGUUUAUGAGGAGAAGGAUGAGCUCGUUUGA